UGUGUGCGUGUGUGCGCGCGCGCGCUGGCAGGCACGGAGGUGAGCCGCGGCCGCUGUUCACUCCUCCCCCGCUCCCGGCUCUCCUCUCCGGGAGAAAGCGGCGGACGGAUCAUCGGGGCUCGGCAGCGUUAGCUCGUUAGCUUUAGCCCGUUAGCUCCAGCGCGUCAGCUAACGGGUCGCGGCAGCGGAGGAGCCGCGAGGAGCCGCUGCUGGAGGGGAGAAAGUUGCCCGAGGUUUAACCGGCUCGUUAACUGACGGCGGGACGUCUCGCGCACGGGGUCGUACCUAAAAACGAGGCGCUUCUCGGAACAUGCCGACCCCCCCGGCGGGAACCUUUCUCUGGGUUUUCCACUUGGGGAAGAGGCUAGCACCGGAGCUAGCGAGGCUACUCGCUACUUUUAAUUGGCUUUGGGGCUCAAUGGCUCCCGCUGGUUUGCCCUGUCACUAGAGACCGCUCGGGACACUCACAGGGGACCGGGGACACUCACAGGGGACCGGGGACACUUGAGGACAAACCGGAGCCUUCGAAGCGAAGAUGAAGAAGCAGUUUAACCGGAUGAAACAGCUCGCCAAUCAAACCGUUGGGAGGCAAGUAUCAAAGUCCGCUAACGAGAAAUCACGUGUGUCCAGGAGAUGUUCUGCUGGAGAUCCGAACCUGCUUCUGCUGUCUUCUGCACAGAUUGAGCGGCGCAUGGAGCUGGUGCGCGUGGUGUCCCACAACACGCACAAGAGGAUGGUGUCGUGUCUGCAGGGACACAUCGGCGCCGAGGCCGAGAAGAGACAUUCCGUCCCACGCCUCUAUACAGGAAAUGGUCAGAAAAAGCUGCCGCUGACCGGCCUGUCGCAGGCGAUGGUGGAGGGGGGGAACCAACUGGGAGAAGACUCCUUGAUCGGGAAGAUGAUGGAAGUGUGCGGCGAGGCAGAGAACCGCCUGGCAUCCGAACUGAUGCAACAUGAGCUGCAAAUCGAGAAGGAUGUUCUGGAUCCUCUCAGCCAGCUGGCCGAGCUGGACAUUCCCAACAUCCUCAGGCAGAGGAAACAUCUGGCCAAAUUGGUGCUGGACUAUGAUUCUGCCAGAGCCAGGUGGUUGCAGGCAACCAAGUCAAUCAUCUCAGGAACAAACACUCAAGCACUGACGGCCAAGGCUGACCUUCUCAAGGAGGAGAUGGACGAGGCCAUGAACAAGGUGGAGCUCUGCAAGGACCAGCUGGCUGCAGACAUGUACAGUUUCUUCUCCAGGGAAGGAGACUACGCGCGCUACUUUGUAACCGUGAGUACGGCCCCAGCUGAUUACCACAGAAAGUCGCAAGCUUGUGGGCUGCACAGAAUGAACCGGGUUCAACUGUUUUCAGACUCGUGGACGGAGAAGCCGGCGUUCGGCACGGCGCUGGACGAACACCUGAAGAGGAGUGGAAGGGAGAUUGCUCUGCCCGUAGAGGCCUGCGUCAUGAUGCUGCUGGAGACCGGCAUGAAGGAAGAGGGUCUGCUCAGAAUCGCAGCCGGAGCGUCCAAGCUAAAGAAGCUGAAAGCGGCGCUGGACUGCUCCACUUCCCAGCUGGAGGAGUUCUACUCCGACCCGCACGCCGUGGCCGGGGCUCUGAAGUCCUACCUGAGGGAACUGCCAGAACCUCUGAUGACGUACCAGCUUUACGACGAGUGGAUCCAGGCGUCCAGCGUGUCGGACCGGAACAAGAGGCUGCAGCCGCUGUGGUUGGUGUGUGACACCUUCCCAAGAGGCAACAAAGCCAACCUCAGGUACUUGGUGAAGUUCUUAGCCAAGCUGGCUCAGGACAGCGAGGUGAACAAAAUGACCCCGAGCAACUUGGCCAUCGUCUUGGGACCCAACCUGAUGUGGGCCAAGACCGAGGGGAGUCUGGCUGAGAUGGCGGCAGCGACCUCGGUGCACGUGGUGGCCAUCGUGGAGCCCCUCAUCCAGCACGCCGACUGGUUCUUCCCUGGAGACGUGGAGUUCAACGUGUCCGGCAUGUUCGCGAUGCCCGCGGCGUCCUCCAGCCACGGCAACCACCCGGACUACGACUGUGGCACCGUGGAGAGGAAGCGGCCCGGCAGCCUGGUGGGGCCGGAGAGCGACGCGCCGCGCAGGGACAGCACCCCUAACAAGCACUCGGACCACACGCUGCGUAGGGGCAGUAACACCUCGGGUAGAAAGCAGCACACGUCGCCCGCCUUCCAGCCCCCUUUACCCCCCGUGGAGGCUCCGGGGGGGGCGGUCGCCCAGCACCCAGCCGAGCCCCCGCCGCAGACUCAAUCGGGGGGUUCAGGCGCCGACGCCCCCCAGCUGGGCCAGAGCCUGGCGGCUCAGCAGCUUCUAGCGCAGCACGCGGAGGAGCUCAGUUCCCCGAAGCAACGGGACCCGACGCUCCACCAGACCCCGCUGCUCCAGAGGAAUGGCUCUGGAGGGGGGGGGCCCGCCGCUGGGAGCCCCGGGGCCGGACCCAUGGGGCCCAGUCCGCACAGAGGUACCAAGAAGCAGGCUCCACCCCCCCCCAAACCACUGAACCCUCCACCCGGCCCCUCCUUGUCCCAGUCCCUCAGCCCCUCUCCCAGACCGGGGGGGUCCGGCCACUCCCCCACCUCGCCCUCACAGCCGUGUGCCACGCCCAGACGCCACUCCAGCAACCACACCCCGAUCCAAGCCCCCAGCCACCCCCCCCCGGAGCCUCCGUCACAGGCCAGCCCCCCGCCGCGGCCCGCCGGGGACCAUCGGGGCUCGGACCCCCCCGAACCCCCCGGCACUCCGAGCCCUCCCAACACCCCCCCGCCUUCCACCCCCGCCCGGGACGCGGGGCCUCCGCCCCCCUCCCCCUACCAGACGGGCUCCCUCCCCCGGCCGCGGCCCGUCCCCAAGCCUCGGAACCGCCCCAGCUUGCCGCCGCCGCUGCGCCACCCCCCCACGCCCGCCGGGGACUCCAACGGGAUCUGUGCUCCCAAGACGACGGACCCAUCGAUGUCUUUCAAAGGGCCGAGUCGACCUUUGAUCCCCGAGUACGUUGGAGACCUGCAGCCUGCGGCGCCCCCCUCGUCCUGCCUGCCCCCCCCCAAAGACUGUGACCUGGACACUGAGAGCACCGUCCUAUGAGGCGGAGACGAUGACGCGUCCCGGUCCAGCUGCAGGACGUCCCCCCCGGGGGGGUAAACGAUGGCAGUGAUGGUUCAGCACGUUGGGAACGAUUUCUUAUGCAACGCGAUAAAAAUACAACGUUUCAAUUUAUACACCAAAUGAUUUCUAAAUGAAUCACUGCUUUAGUCACAGGGCCACUGCCCCCCCUCAGGUAGCUCUCUCCAAACCUCCAGCCACCUCCACCCGCGGCCGGAUGGCGCUCACGAGGAGAUUACGUCGUCUCACAAAGACUGAUGAUGAUGUCAUCACAAACCGUGAUGAUGUCAUCACAAACCGUGAUGACAUCACAUACAUGAAGCACCGGGCCGACUCGUUGGCUGGCUGGUGUUUUUUUUAAUGUAAAAAAAAUGGGCCUUAGAACGAGGAAUGAGAAAGGUGUUUCCUUAGCGGGGACAGGGGACAGGGGACGGGGGGGGCGGCGGCACUCGACUGCCUCUCUGCUGUAUUUAUUUAGCGCUGUGAAAACAUUCCCUGUGUCUUAAUCUUUAAACUCCACCUGGAACGUGUAAUAACCUUCAAUGAUUUACUGUGUAAUACAGUAUUUCCAAGAAGCUGCCAUGGCAACAGGCGUGUUUCUGGGACGUGGGGAAGGAAACGUGUCCCUCGGCAGGAGACGUCUUCCACAGAGCUUCGUGGUGGAAGUAGCAGAAUCAAACCGCCUCCCAGACCGAACAGUAUUUAGAUGAUUCUUACCAGAUGUUUGAACGGAGGCCAAUGAGCUGUUUCCUAGUAAACCCGUCCGGUGAGUUGACCCCAGUAGUCAUGUGACACCCCCGGGUCAUGUGACAAGACCUCUGGUCUGAAGUCUUCUCUGUGGAGGCUUUUGCUUUCUGGCCUCGAUGGUUCCUGAAGCAUCUUGUUGUUCAGAGGCAACCAACCCCCCCGGACCCCUCGGACCCCCCGGACCCCCCCACCUUGCUGCCUUAUCUUAGUAUCUCAAAGCUGAACAAAUGCCAUUAAACUAGAAGUGACAGUGCUGCGUUUUAAGCUCCACAGAUGUGCAUGUCUGCCGUCAGUGGGCUUCAUCAUGGAAUAUGUACGCUUGGUUAAACACCUUCCAAAGAAAAUAAAGUAUAUGAAGAAACUAAA